UGCCAUGAGCUACAUGUUAUUUAUCAUAACUUAACCUCAAUUUAAUUUAUAGUCGAGAGACUUAGUUGAAUUAACGUAAUAUAACUUAGAAUGCUUAUUUGGUGUACAAAAAUGUGAUAAAAAGACCUUUUUAUGUCACAAUGACCAUCUCUCUCCGAGCUUCAAAACUCGUACAUUCAAAAAUACCAAGUUUCAAACACUUCUUUAUUGCUCUAUUCGUAAUUCUCCUGGUUUCAAUAAUAAUUGCAUUUGUAGUACAAAGUUGGUCAUUCAAUAACGAUGGCUCUAAAACUUAUCAGAAGUUGCAGCUGAAGAAUGUACUAAACUUGCCCGAAGUGAAGCUUGUGGAUGAUAGUCCAAGCUCCAGGCCGCACAAUUCCAAAUGCACGUAUUGGGAUUGCUUCAACAUUUACAGAUGUGGAAGGACAGGUCAUGAUAGAAUUGCGAUUUAUGUUUAUCCUUUAAAGAAGUAUGUGGAUUCUAAAGGGGUGCCGAUUGUUGAAGUUAUGUCUAAAGAAUAUUAUAUGAUAUUACAAAGUAUAAUUGAAUCGAAGUAUUAUACGGCUAACCCACAAGAAGCAUGCUUGUUUGUUCCAUCAAUUGAUACUUUAAAUCAGGAAAGGAUACAGGCUAAUCUUACCUCAAGAGCACUGGAAUCUUUAAAAUAUUGGCGAGAUGGUGAAAAUCAUUUAUUUUUUAAUAUGAUAUCCGGUACCGCUCCUGAUUUUUCGACUGUCUUAGAAAUAAAUACAGGAGAUGCUAUUAUAGCUGCAGCUGGAUUUAAUACUCACACAUAUAGAGUUGGAUUUGAUAUCUCUAUACCAAUUUUUAGCCCGAUUGCGAGCCUUGCGGAAAUAACCUUCAUCAAUAACUUGAGGCCAUGGUUUGUUAUUUCAUCACAAAUAAACAUAGAUUCGUAUUUUUUGGAUGAAUUACAAGACAUGCAGCUACACAAUUCGGGGUUGCUGAUAGUGGAUGCUUGCCAAGUUCAUAACUAUUCGAAACGUUGCGAGUAUGGUUCACAUCAACAGUUUUUGUAUCCGCAAAUUUUACAGAAGGGCACAUUUUGUUUGGUGUUCAGAGGCGAACGAAUGAGUCAAUUGGUUCUACUUGAAGCACUGGCUGCUAAUUGCAUUCCUGUAGUUGUAAUGGAUGAAGUGGUAAUGCCGUUUGGCAAUGUAAUAGAUUGGAAGCGCGCAGCUGUAUUUAUUAUGGAAGAUUAUUUGAAUACACUCCUUGACGUGUUGAAAAAAAUUUCGGAAGAGCGCAUCGAAAUUAUGCGAAAGCAAGUUAAGUUUCUAUAUGACAAAUAUUUUUCGAGUUUAAAACACAUUGUGGAGACAACCUUCGAUAUUGUACAAGAUCGCGUUUAUCCCAAUUGGGGGAGAACGUAUGACGACUGGAACUUACGCCCCGACGAACUAAUUAAAAGUCCACUAUUUCUCCCUAUCACAGCUCCUAGAUCUCAAGGAUUUACUGCAGCUAUUUUAACGUAUGACAGAGUAGAAAGUUUAUUCAUUUUAAUAGAAAAGUUAUCCAAAGUACCUAGUUUGUCUAAAGUGGUAGUCAUUUGGAACAAUCAAAAGAAGUCGCCGCCUCCUAUGCCCAGUUUUCCUCAAAUUUCGAAACCAAUUAAAGUAAUUAGGACGAAAGCAAAUAAACUUUCAAACCGUUUCUUUCCGUAUGAAGAAAUCGAGACUGAAGCUAUACUGACUAUUGAUGACGAUAUUGUUAUGUUAACAGCAGAUGAACUGGAAUUCGGUUAUGAGGUGUGGCGAGAAUUUCCAGACAGAAUAGUUGGAUUUCCUUCAAGAACUCAUGUUUGGGAUAACGUCACUUUAAGUUGGAAGUAUGAAUCAGAAUGGACAAAUGAAAUAUCUAUGGUCUUAACUGGUGCAGCAUUCCAUCAUAAGUAUUGGAGUUAUUUGUAUACAACCACAAUGCCGGCGGAUGUACGAGAUUGGGUGGAUGAGCACAUGAAUUGUGAAGACAUAGCGAUGAACUUUUUGGUGGCAAAUGUAACCAAUAAACCACCAAUUAAGGUUGCACCUAGAAAGAAAUUUAAAUGCCCACAAUGUGUGAAUAAUGAAAUGUUAUCAGCAGAUAUGGGCCAUAUGGUAGAAAGGUCACAAUGUGUAGAUAGGUUUACCAAAGCGUUUGGAAGAAUGCCAUUAAAGUCAGUUGAAUUUCGCGCAGAUCCUGUACUGUAUAAGGAUGCAUUCCCCGAGAAGCUCAAACGAUUCAAUGACAUUGGCAGCUUAUAGUUAAAUUUUAACUAGAUAUAGGUAGAUGUGGGAAUACUCACCAAAUGAAUGAUGGUUAAGUUGAUGGUAUUGAAUUGUGGCUCUUGGGGUCUUAUAGACGAGAGUAUUAGAGAAAAAUUGCUAACAACAAUGGUGUCAGAAGAAAAUGUAAUUUUAUGAAAUUAUAUUGUGUUCUUCUAUA